UCUAGUUUCUACGUCUCUACAAACUGGCAGCACUGACCAGCUGUCAUAUUUCGAGUUCACAAAUUAUGUGUGAUGUUGGUGUGUGGAGAAAACAGACUUGAAUUGUAAUUUAAUUUGUAGUUUGUUUCAUUUUUGUAUUAAUAUAGGUAUAGUUCAUCAUCUUGUGUUAAGUAAUCAUACGUGAUUAUAAUCUUGUAGAUUGGUUAUUAGGUAAAAAUGUUAUAAUGGCUACCUCUGAAAAUUGGCUGAGUCGAAGGAAAGGUAAACAUGGUGGUGACUUAUUUAAGUUAGACACGGUGAAUAAAACACCUGAGGAGAACAUUAAAGAGAUUAUACACGGUUUAUACCAGAGGAAACCUUUCCAAAUUGAAAUAUCACCAAAUAGUAAGAAUGCAUCUUCAGAAUACAGGCAUGGUUUGAGGGGUAUGCAGAGAAGUAGCUCUGACAGUCGCAGGUUAUCCUAUUUGAACGCUUUAGUUACAUUAUUAUGUAAAGAAGACAGAAGCACAUUGGGUUUCACACCUGAUGAGUUGAUGACUUGCAUUCGUAUCAGUCUUGUGGAUGAUUCUAUGGUGAUUAGAGCAGCUGCCUUACGAGUGCUGAGAUAUUUAAUUAAAACUGAAAAUGAUGUUGCAACAUUUAACAACCUCAAGCUGCCAUAUCUUGUGAUAAGAUCUAUGGAGCUGAUGGUACGUAAUGAAGAAGAGCGUGCGCAGGCGCUGCGUGUUGCGCGCCGGGCCAUAGGUGCGGCCGGCGCAACAGCCACGUCCGGCGCUAUGGCCUUGUUGCGCUGCCUCGCCGCUCUGGCGCCGGACCCCGCUGCCGAUCGACUGUCACGUCCAGCAGCUGCCACAUUGGCUGAAAUAUGUGUACUAAACCCGGAGCUAUUCGCCGCGUGCGGCGGCGUGAGCGCAGUGUCGCGGCAGCUUGCGGAGUGCGCGACGCCGCGCAUGGCGGAGGCUCUGUGCGGCGUGUUGCUGCACGCACUCAAUGAUCCCGCCACGCGCCGCGCCGCACGACUCGACCUAAUGCAUCUCAGCUCGCCAUAUUGUGACUUCCACUUCAAACCUGCUGGCACCGAGACAAGCAGGGACGAACGCGAGAUGCGGUUCACUUGCAGUCGGCUAGCGUUGUUAUGUGUCCUGCGGAGUUGGCCCGGGGUAUUGCACUUCUGUCAUCCGCGUAGUUCGGGUGGGUUGCGCGCUUUAGUCGCUGCUCUUUAUUUACCGCGUUUGGAGGUUCGAAAAGCAAUAUUAGAUCUUUUGUAUGAACUGGUUGGUCUGCCCCAGCCGGAAUGGACGGAUGAAAUAUCGGUAGCAUUAGAUGCCGUAGAUCCAUCAGAUUUUCAAGACGCUUGGCGUUUGAAUGAGGGUUUUGUGGCGGCUGAGGGUAUCGCCAUUUUGCCACAUCUCGGUGCGACAGGUCCCGACAUUACUGAAAUACACCUCGCUCUACUGCUACAGUGUUUUAUUGAAGCCGGUCUACUGGACGGGCUUGCCGAAGUGAUCGUGACGAGCGACACGUUUAUAUCAGUGCGCGCGACCGUACUGCUGGGACAGCUUCUGCACCUCAUACACCAGCUGGUACCGGCGCGACUGCACGGCGCAUGCCCGGCGCCAGCGGCACUGGGGCGGCGCGCGGCAGCCGGCGGCAGUGCGGCGCUGGCGGCGGCGGCGGCGCUGCGGCGGCUGCGCGAUAUGUUGCGCGCGCGCCCCGCUGCCGCCACGUUGUUCCUGGACCACGUGGUGCAGUGGUGCGCAGCCGCGUACCGUCGCCCCGCCGCCGCUCCCGCCGCCGCGCCUGCCGCACCUGCGCCCGCGCCCCUUGACGAGUCCGACGAGGAGCGCGAGCCCCGACAAAGACACAGCGUAGGCUCGCGUGCUGAUGUGUCAGACCGCAAUGUUUGCGCUCUAGUCAAAAGCAAAAGCGUCACCUCGCGUACUGGCGCUGCGGUAGGCAAGGUCGCCAAGUCUGCCAAAUUUUUCAAUUUGUUCGAGCGCGAUGGUGACGGUUUAAUAAGAAGCACUCUGGUGAUGCAGAACAAGGACGGCAACACGUGGAAUUGGGAAAUUAUUCGUACUAUAUUGAAGGAAACUGACAGCACACCAUUUUUGAAUUUGAACGAUAGUGGUCACAAGACAUGGGCGGCCCGUAUUAUCAAUUACCUAAAACCGUCUUCAAACAAAUAUUCCCAUACAGAUCUAUCGAGCACCUGUAAUGGCCAUUCAGCGACCCGAGCUGGUUGUCAAUUAAUAAGACACCUCCUAAAACACAAUGAUGCUGAUUCCCAGAAGAUGCUAGAGGAUCUCUUCUUCGACGUGAGCCGUCAAAUCGAAGCAAUAGAGACGGGCGUGAAGGCGCACGAAUGUUUGUUCAGUCCACAGCACAUGUCCAACACAAUGUGUCAAAUGUACUUCCUGUUCAUUGGACAGUUGUGUCACUCGAGUUCGGGACUGGAUCUGUUCAAGCGAACACGUUUAUAUGAAAACCUAUUAGAACUUUCGACGAAAACUCACCACAGCUGUUACGUGAAGUUGAUUAUAUCCAGUUUAGACUACUCUAUGGACUCGUAUCCUCGCGACAUACUCGCUAAGACUUUGACUUGCAACAUACAAGCAUCCCGGCUUUACGCGACACAAUUCCUAAACGUUUUACUGAGAGCUUCAAGAAAGUCGCGGGAGAUGGUCCGGAGAAAGGCCAAGCUGAAGAAAACCUCCGUACCUGACCCCACAAAGCCACCACAAAAGGACGAUAGCGAUACCGAAAGCGGUACGGAUAUGGACACGUGGAUCCUGCAAAUAUUGGUGGGGCAAGUGAAAGAUGAAUCUAAAGCUGUGGUGAAAGUGGCGCUCAGUAUUUUGGAAGAGGCGUUUAGUAUUCCCGCCUAUGUGGAGAAAUUGAUGCCUAUGAGAGACACGCUAUGUCAAAAUUGUCGUUUAGAUAAACACGCAGAUCCGGCGACGCUAGACUUUUCAGCAGUUGGCGACAGAGGCUAUUUAUUGUGGCUAACACUAGAAGUAGCCGCUUCACAGGUGGCCGAUGUAAAAUCUGUAGCCUUCAUAAAGAAACAUUUAGAUUUUUGGACUAAGUCCUAUAACUAUCGAUACGCGCGGCUGGUGGAGAGCGGUGCGCACGCGGCGCUAGCGGUGAGCGAGGCGAGCGAGGGCGCGGCGGGGCGCGGCGCGGUGCGCACGCGGCGGUGCGCGCGCCCGCCGCCGCACCUGCACGCCGCGCUCGCCGCACGAGCCGCGCGACACGCACGACCGCGCGCUCUGCACGCGCUGCUGCCCGUGCUGCCCGAACACCACAAGAUUUUACAACGUAAGAAAUGUUCCACGGAACAGGAGAUCGCCGAUGUUAAGGCUUCAUUAUGGGCAGUCGGAAACACGGCAGUGACUAGCGCCGGUCUACAAUUGUUAAUGAGCCUUAGUAACGGCUACAUAGAAGACUCCGUACUAGUUCAUAUUGUGCGCCUUGUCAAGUAUUGUCCUGUGUAUUCCGUACGCGCUACUGCUUUCUAUGUCCUUAGUCUAAUUGGAAGUACAUAUGACGGGGCGAAUAUGCUGGCUGAUUUAGGUUGGUUAUGUGUAAGGCAUACAAGGCACGACCAAUUCCCGGUGUUACCGGAGGAAAAUUGCACCGUGGCUGAUACAAGCGCUGACGAUACCGUGACGUCACCCGACUGCCGCUACAACGCAUACGACACGGAACUGAGCGAGCACUCCGACCACACGGACCUCAGCGUCGCUGAGAGCUUGCACUCAGAUUAUAAACUUAUAGGUAAAGUCGGUUCUGUAUUGGAACAAUCCGACCAAGAUGUUGUCGAUAAUAAAUUGAAUGUAAAUGAAUCACGUCGAGACCAAGACAAGAGAAAAUCGCACACCCUACCAUCACAAGGGUUUUCGGGCCCACACGACCGGCCGAUGUUAUCAGAGUCGAAGACUGUGGACAUAUUGCGAGAUUGUUCGAAUUACGAUCGCUCCGGGCCUCAUCGUAUGCCUAUAUCUGAGCAUAGGCAAAUGAUUGGGAGGAUGAAUUCAUUAGAUCACACUCAUGAAGGCCGAGUGAGAAAUACUAGCGAGUCGAGUACUAGCGGCGUGAGCAGCUGUGACUCAUUCCUUGGCAAAUAUGUGCUGCCGGACAGAGUGUUGACUCUCAGCCCGAUUCCGAGCUCGUCUAGUUUGUAUGGCAUGAAAGGAGGCAAUAGUUCGCAACGAUCUAAAAUACCAGAGUUACAGAGGCGUACGUCUACGUCUAGUUUUUCAGGCCAUGACUCAAUUAAUUCACCACCAACUCAAAUGGAUAUGAAUGGAUAUGCUAUGAUUAAGUCUUUAAAUAGAAGGCCUCAUUUGUCCGAAAGUGCAGCCACGGGUUGUAGUGAAAUAGACGAUUUGAGUUGGUUGCUGUCAGAUAAAACUCGACGCACCAAUCCGUUUUCUUCUCUACGAGACAGGUCAAGAGCCAGCAAAGAGAGAUUGACUAAACAGAGUUUAUUGGAGUACGAUUGGAAGCCGUUGCCGCUGAGCGAGUCGGGACGCGUGUCGCCGCCGCUGAGCGCGGCGUGCGCGGCGGGCGCGGCGGGCGGGGCGUGCGCGGGCGGCGCGGGCGGCGCGUGCGCGGGCGGCGCGCGUGGCGCGAGCGUGACGUGCGCGGGGAGCGCGCCCGCCCGCGCCGCGCACGCGCAUUCUUACAUCGGCAUCUGUUUGCCUACGGACCUCAUGGAUAUCUUCCCAACAGAGGAAGAAAGAAGAGAUGAUGACACCGACAGGAGCGAUCACUUCAAACGCGGCCGAGUUUCAUCAUUCUUGGCAGACAUUAAUGUUGCCAGUACAGAUAUUAAAUCGCGAUCGACUCCGGAACCUCCAAAGUUAAACUGGAAAGGUGCAGAGGUAAUUACAGCUGCAGUGAACUUGCGAUGCACAGCAUCUGCAAUGAGCUCAGCUAUCCUCAAUACUAGCGAUAUUAAAUUAAGCAAAGGCGAUACAACUGAAAACGCGAAAACAAACGUAAUGACCACAUCCGCGUCAAGUGCAAACAAAGAGACAUUGGACGAUAAAAUUUCAUCAUUAUCAGAAAUGGAAGAAGACAACGACCCCGCAACACUGACAUCGAUUAAAAACAUCACUGAAGGAAUGAGUUGUGGUCAAGAUAUAACGUCUGCGAAGGACAUUAGUGAAAGCGACGUUGCCAUUGGCAAGUAUAAGUGGUUGCAUUCGGCCAGUAACUGCCUUGCGUGUGCGCGGACGCGACCGCCGUCGUCGUAUGAACUACGAGAAGCGUUCUUUGCCGGAAUGGAUGCUAGUACCAGUGCUAGUCAGGACAAACAGAGUCCAUCAAUGAGCCCGACGACUUCCGACCGGGGAGUCGGCUCCCCGCACGCGGAACUGUUGCGUCAAGUACACUUGAUGGCGAACCCCAUACAUUUGAGACAGACUCGUUCAGUGCUGCUGUCGUUGAAGCAGCGGCACCCGGAAGUGUUCCGCAGCCCGUGCGUGUACUCGGACGUGUGCUCGCUGCUGGCUCGAGACACGUACAUGCUGUGCGCGCGGCGGUUCCUACAGGAGCUGUUUCUGGACACGUGCUUCGACUGCUUCGCGGCUGAGCCGGCGGCCAUCUUGGCUCGCCACGGCGCUCUCGCCUCACCCGUUGGAGCCGGACCGAUCGACGUGCGCCAGUAAUAUUGGUAUUAUUACAUAUUGAGCGUUGUACACAGUACACACAGUACUUGGGAAUAUUAAACAUUGUUUAUGUAGAGCUUUUAUCACAUUGCUGUUCUAUACCAAUCAAUAAGACGAGAAUUAAUCAUUUGCGUUUUAUAUAACGCCAAGGUUUUUGAAGUUAUUUGUACGAAAUAUUUAAAAUAACGAUACCCACGACCAUAGGCCUCUAGUUUUAAUUCAACUGUAUUGUUGAAGUUUCGCUAUGUUCUAUGAAAAUAAUUUUGGUUUAACAUCUUAUCGUUUGAUUUUUUUUAUUGUCUAAUUAUUUAUGCUAUGUUUCCUUUUAGCUGUAAUAUUAGAACACGUGUAUAAUUUAAUUUUGAUAUUAAUUAACGUUAUUUUAGGUGUAAUACCAUUAUCAAUCUAUAAGAAAAAGUAAUAAAAGAGUCGAUAAAAAAACCUCAUAAGAUAAAAAUCUUUUUAUGUUUUUAGAGUUACGUAAUUCAUUUACAAUCAUAUUUUCCUUAUACAUAAUGUAAGAACUCUCAAGUAUUUAAUUUAUUACUUAACUAUAACACUUGUUGCAAUUGCAUUUAUAUCUGUUUAGUAAAAAUGUAAAUUGUUGCAGAUAUUUCCUUUUCACAUCGCUACUUAGCAAUAUAGUUAAAAAUACUAUGACUGAAUUUGCACCAUUCCCACUGACUUCAAUAGUUAUCGUUAAUAAUUUACUAUUAUAUCAAUGAUAUGAAUACUACGAAUAUCUCACAACUGAACAGAUCAACAUGAAAAUAUUUUUUAUUAAUCUAUGACGGAAUUAUAUGGAUGUUAGUUUAAACUAAGUAUCUGUGUAUUUGUCUAUCUCUAUGCUUGUCCAUGGUAUCGUAGCUCUCAAAACAAAUGGACGUAUUUGAAAUUAGCAUAUGAAAUCAUCAGCUUAUUUCCAACAUUCACAGAUCCAAUUAUUUUGAAAUUUAGUAUACUGCUACUUCGAUGGUAUUUCCAAGAUAAGGCAACUUUAAAUCCAUAAUCUCCUUUACGGAUGGCCACCGCACGUUCAUCUUUUGACAUAAAAGCGUAAAAUUUUUGGUUUGCAAAAAAAGUGAAUUUUAUUUAUAACGAAGAAGUUUUGAAGAUUUUUUGUCAAAUAAUAUUUUAUUAUCUAGAGGCAAACAUAGUUUUUCAUAGUUCUGUGUGAGAUAUCCAUACUAUUUAAAUGUUAUUGUUUGUAUCCCACCUACACAAUGUAAUACGAAUUGUUUCCUAUUUCGAUGCAUAUUAUUUAAUAGCUGUAUGUUAAAACUUGUGUUCAAUAUAUUAUUGAAAAACACCCCACUGCAUUUAGCUUUUAGUGUUUUUUUCUUUUACAUCGUUGUUAUUUAUCGAAACUCAAAUAGAAUAUUAACUUACUGUUUGUUUUGUAUACUAAAUAUUGAAUGUAUUAUUACUGUACUGCUACUAAUCAAAUAAUCCAUUGUUUAAAUAAUCGUAGUUUUAACAAUAUCAUAAAAUCUUCCUUCAGUCCUUUUUAUAAGCUUUUAUUUGACUUCACUUAUAAGUAUGUCCUGGAAUUUGCAAUCAAUAUUUUUGUUAAAUAUAGUCACUCAAUCUGUUGUUUUUUAGUAUAUUGCAUGUAUUUUGUUUGGUUUUCUGUAUGGGACAUAUUUCAGUUUUUUUGUCAUUUCAUGAAACAAGGAGAUCCAUAUUUGUAUUUAUAUGAAACCGUAAUCCAGUACUAGCUAGUUAAAGCUAGUGUAUAAUUAUAUUGAUAUUAUUCACAUUGUAAAAUAUUCUGCCAGUAUUGCAAAUACGAUACAAAGAAAUUAUCCAAAAUUUAUAUUUUACACUAAAAUCUAUGUUUGAUUACCUAAGAGGGUAUUAAAAAUAGUAAUAGUUAGCCGCAUGUCCGAAUUGUUAUUGAAUCUUCCUGCUGAAAAAAAUCAAAGUAGUAAAUUAAGAGUGCCAUUAUGCUGGUUCCUUACAGUUAUAUAUUCAGAAUUACAAAAUGUACAGUUUGCAUCAAAAUGAUAUACUAGGUUAUCAACAUGUCCUACUUUGCAAAAAUAUUACAUAUUAUGACAUGAUAUAUGCCUAUUAAAUUAUGGUGCAUUGUUUCAUAAUAUUAUAAAUAAAUAAUAAGUUUAAAAAUCAUAAUCGUCAUGUACGUCUUCCAAGUUUAAUUUUAUCACAUUUAAUUUAAUAAGACUAUCCCAAUUAUUUCGUACAGUUCAAUAUAAAUGAUAAUAUUUUUCUUCUAUCAGAAGAAUAACUUUAAUAGUUUCCCAGAUAUUCUUUGGAAACCAGAUAUGUCCGAAUCGCGAUAUUGCUAGAUUGCCGUCAGUCUUACACAAUAUUACAUAAAGGACGCGCCUUGUAUGAGCUUUUCCUGCCUUAAUACAAGAACUAAUGUUCCUGAGUAUAUUUAUAAAAACUGCCAUAGUGUGCGUAAAACAGCCAAGUGUCUAAGAUGUAUUUAUGUUUGACACAAAACAGUAUAUUAUGUGUAUUGGACUAUCUAUAUAGUAUUUACAUUGAGAGUACGAUAAUUUUUUGUUCACGGCAAUAAGCAUUUGGCACUUCCAUUUUUGAUAGUUUGUGAGUUGGUGGAUUACGGCCGCGCAAAUGCGUUCUUUGAUGCGCGAUGGGCGCGUUAGUGAUUAUUCACACACAGGCACAGAGCACUGGGCAGGAAUGUUCUACAGAAAUCGUUUCUCGUCUCGAAAGUGGUGCUGUUCUUUAUGCGUUCGUACAUGAAAACAAACCACGAAGUUUUGGCUGAUAUGCGGGUAUUUAGUAUAUUACAUAAUCUUGUGUUCGGACCACCGUUCACUCAAACGAUUCCAUCAUUUCCGCCUACUGAAGUUGUACUGUUUUAGACCAGUGUGAGGCCAACUUAACUGACCAACCACACUCCCAGUUUAGCGGUAGCGAUAAUAUAGAAUCGCUGAACACAUGGAAAAUUUUGGGGAAUCUUUACAGCAUCUUUAAUCAUUUACGAAGUUUCUAAUGAAAACCUCGUCUUCUUGAUUUUCUUUUACAUCAAUUUACACAAUAGAUCUAUUAAGAAAGUUAGACCGUGCGGUAAAAACUAUAAAAUACCUACUCCGAAGAUAGCACGUGUAAAGUGGCGUUAAUUAGUAGUGCUGUACAAAAUAAUUAUUAAAUCGUUUUCACAUUUUUCGAAAGAUUGUUAAAUUAAGUGUGCUAUAUACCUACCUACAACUUUGAUGCUUACUGUACUACAACAUUUCUUUUAUGUUACUGAAUAUAACUAAAUAUAUUUAUUAUAGACAUAAUA